AUGCUCGCCUGGCUCCGGGACUACCUCCACCGCCGCCGGGCUCGGGUCAGGUUUCAGGGCCACAAGUCCAGCUUCAGGGAGCUUGAGAACGGGACUCCACAGGGCGGCAUCCUCAGCCCGUUCCUGUUCAACAUCCUCAUGGAGCAGCUGGUGGCACUGCCGUUCCGUGAGGGCACCGUGCUGCUGAGCUACGCUGACGACCUUGCUCUUGUUGUCACGGGACGGGGCAACAGGAUGGACAAAGCUCAGCAGGCCCUGGACCUUAUCACCGAGAAGUGCGAGGCACUCGGCCUCAAGAUCUCGGCACAAAAGUCCCGGGCCAUGGCAAUCAGGGCAGCCACUCCAGCCGGUCAACUGCAGGCCCAGGGCAUAGGGUUAGAGUGGGUCAACAGGUACCUGUACCUCGGAGUGUGGCUGGACUCACGACUGUCCUUCACCACCCAAGCCAGCUACGUGGGUGUGAGACUCCGCGCCAGGGUCAACGUCAUGAGGGCGAUGACGAGGCCUGGUGCGGGAGCCACAUUCUCCGUCCUGCAUGUGCAAGAAGUACGGCCCCUGAUGGACUACUGCGCCCCUGUCCUCGUCUCCCUCUCCCACAGCCAGCAAAAGAAACUCGAGGUCGCGCAGAACUCCGCCCUGAGGGUCAUUCUGGGGGCGCCGAGAUGCGUGGCCAGGAUCCUCCUCCGAGACAAGGAGGGCGUGGCGCAGCGGAGACUGCGGACGGCCAUGGCACAAGGCAGGGAGGUGCUCGGAAACAACACGUGGCUCAUCCACACCACCUCAGCCGUCCACGGACUCACCCGCACACUCGGCUGGUGGCGGGAGGCCGAUGUCCCCGCUCCCUCCUUCCACCCCCCGCCCCCGUGGGAACCGUCCAUCGCUCCCUUCACCGCCACGCCGAUGCCAGCAAGCAAGGCCCUCUGCAUCACCCAGGAGCUGCGGCAGCGCGCCCUUAUGUCCAUGGAGCAGGUCACCGAGCCAGGCAGCGCCGUCUACUACACGGACGGCUCGGUGGACCCGGUGAGCGGCAGAACGGGCGCUGCUGCCAUCACCGGAGAGACGAGGCUCUUGUGUAGGACGGCUGACCACUGCUCUACCCUCCAGACGGAGCUGGCCGCCCUCCUCCUCGCCCUGGAACACGCCCAGGCCCGCCCGGAGUUGACCGUCGUCAUACACACAGACUCCCGGGCGGGGCUGGAAGCCCUGCAGAGUCCGCGCGUCACCGACAACGUGGGCCUCGUCACUUCCGUGCUUGGCAGCCUGCAGAGCCUCGCCGUGCAGGGAAAGUGCGUCAGGCUCCACUGGAUCCCCAGCCACGUGGGGGUACGCGGGAACGAGGCUGCGGACGAGGCCGCCAAGAGGGCCGCUGCGGGCCCCACCAUCACCAGACGAGUGCCGCUCAGCCUGCAGCAGACCAAGGCUGAGGCGAGGCACGCUGCAUCCUGGGAGGCGCAUCAGAGCCACCGGGAGCUAGAAGGCUGGAAGAAGCAGGCGGCGUGGUACUCCAUCGCCACCGGCUACCACCCCCUGGAUGACGCCCAGCAGCAUCCCAGGGCAGACGGUGUUCUGCUGCAGCGUGUCAGGCUGGGCUACAGCACCAGGGAGCAGCUCCAGGACGGUUUCCAGGGGCAGGAGUGUGCCCACUGCGGCAGACACAGCCGCCGCCCGCUGGUGCACUACCUGCUGUCGUGCCCGGCCACCGCGCGACUCAGGUCAGCCCCAGAGCCCGACACCCAGCCUGCACCCGGCGGCCUGCUGAGCAGCCGGGAGGUCAAGGCUGCCCUCCUGGUCCAGCGCUCGCCACCAGACCUGCUGCUCGAGGUGCUCAGGGCGGCACCUCCACCCCGAUGA